UUUCGUCGGUUCAUCUAAUCAUUUUGCUUCGAAGUGCAGCAGAGUAAAUAGUUUAGUGUUUACUUCAUCGUGUUUGAUAAAUAUCGAUUGCCGUUUUAUCUCGUCGGAAGUUGGUGGCACUAAAUUUCCUCAUACCUAUUUGGACUGUGAACUCGGGAGGUUUAGUUAACCAGUGUUCGAGGUGGCCAUCAUAUUAAAUUGUAUCCUGAGGAUACUGCGUUGCUGCUUGCUUGUCGAAAUACAUACGCAAAAUACCAGCAACAUUUGUGCGGAUAAUCCCCAAAAGUGGUGUAUUGUGAACGAAAUCGAAUAAAAAUGUGUUGAAGAAAUCGCUUUUUGUACGGAAAAAAUAGUUUCAGCAAAGAAAAAUAUUCCCAAAUGUACCUAAUAUUUUGACAAAGUGAAAGUGCGAUGAAAAUAGAAUACCCACCAAGAGGGCACUGCAUAUAAUUUCUGUACCUGUGUGUUUCCUUAGCUAAAAGGGAAAGUGUACCUACACCUAGUGUCCGGUGGUCAACAGGAUGUGAUAAUUGUGAAAGGUUAUUUUUGAAAAUAGGUAGUGUACACUCACAGAAAAAGCUGACCAUUAACUGAACAACAGUAAAAGAACUUUCCAAAAUGGACGAGGAGGAGGAUGUGGCCGAUAUCCGCGAGCAAAUAUUCCACAAUACCGUCCGGGAGCAUAUCAUAUUUUUGCUGUUAUUUCUUCUGCUGUACCUUGGUAGUUUUGCACUAAUCAAUCGUUUCAGACGACGCGACCGAGAGGAUUUAUUCUCCACAGACGACGACGAAAUUACCGUUUAUAGAAUUAGUUUAUGGUUGUGCACAUUUUCCCUGGCCGUAGCGCUAGGUGCAGCACUACUCCUACCAAUAUCGAUUGCCAGCAAUGAGGUUCUGCUACUGUACCCCAGCAGCUACUACGUAAAAUGGCUCAACAGUUCACUGAUUCAGGGUCUAUGGAAUCAUGUGUUUCUGUUCUCCAAUCUGGCGCUCUUUGUACUGCUUCCCUUUUCCUAUCUGUUCACCGAGUCGUCAGGCUUCAGUGGCCAUAAAAAGGGCGUGAUGGCACGCGUCUACGAGACCUUCACUGUGUUCUCUCUGCUCGCGUUUAUCGUGUUCGGCAUGACAUACGUCAUUUCAGCGCUCCGGGAUCCCGACAGAAGUACUUUCCAGGCACUAUUUAAUUUAGGGAAAUACCAUCUACCAUUCUUGUACUCCUGUGUCUCGUUUUUGGGAGUAUUGUUGCUUCUAGUGUGCACGCCCAUGGGUUUCGUGAGACUGUUCGGCGUCGUUGGACAGGUACUGGUCAAGCCAAACCUGCUGCGUGAUGUGAACGAUGAAUUUCACGCCUUCAACCUGGAGGAGGCAACUGUGAGACGAAAGCUUGCCAACGCGAAUAUAAAUAUUGAACUUAAAAGCAUCACAACCGUCGACUACGCACCGUCGAAGUUGGUUUCCGGCCUCGAGGAUUUGUAUCAAAUCCGAGCUGCCAAUGGUGGCGUUAACAGCAACAGCAGCAGCAGUAGUAUUAGCGAGGCUGCAAAACUUUUCGAAAGACUGAGAGAGCUUGAGUCUGAGCGCAAACUUUUAGAUAAGCAACGCAGCUCGUCGGCGUUGCAGCGAAAUCUUGUCUAUCCAGUGGCGAUGUUACUGCUGCUACUACUUACCGGAAUCACCGUACUGUUGGUGGUUCAAAACACACUGGAACUGCUGAUAGGGAUUAAGGCAGUGCCACUGAGUACACGGCAAUUCACAUUGGGCAUAACGUCCCUGUCAAAACUUGGCCCUCUGGGAGCAGCCCUCGAAGUGUGUAUCAUAAUGUAUCUAGGUGUGACCUCGGCGGUCGGUCUCUAUACAAUGCCAUUCAUGCGAAACGUUCGUCCGCAGCGACGGAAGACCUCACUAUCGCAGCUCAUCGCUAACUGUGGACUGGUAUUGAUACUGAGUUCCGCGCUGCCAUUGCUGUCCAGAAUUUUGGGCAUUACCAACUUCGAUCUGCUGGGAGAUUUCGGCCAGAUCGAAUGGCUCGGUAACUUCCUGAUCGUGCUGCUGUACAAUGUCAUCUUCGGUACGGCUGCCACGCUCUGUCUGGUGAACAAAUUUACGGCUACCGUGCGGCGGGAAUUGUGCGCACGAUUGCGAGCCCUAUUUGACUAUAGCAGCCAUCUGGAGUCCAGCAUUUGUCACAGUUCCCUUGCCCAGCUGACCGCUCACAGUCAUCAGCAUAAUCACCAUCCAACGGAUGAACCGAAUGACGCGCAAACCACCUGCCAUAAAAUGAAUAACUACGAGCGAAAUGUAGAACCUGCGAGUAGUACUGGGAUAUCAAUAGCCUCCAAUGUUGAGGGAGAGUGUAAGAAAACGAUCUGAAAAAAUAAUGCUCGUUCCGCUUUUAUCGGAUUUUAUCCAAACUGCUUCAAUCAUUGGUGUUAUGUUGGACCAAAGUAUAGGCCAACAUUCUCUGCUACAUGAAAUGACUGAUAUCACAGCAAGCACACAAGAAAAUUCGUAUCAGUAUUGUAAAAUUUAAACUAAAAAUUUAUUACAUCAACUGUUUGCAAGUGAAAAAAUCUAGGCUAUAUUAUCAAAAGAAAAUUCCGAUAAAAUUGCGAUUAAUGGUAUCCUUUAUCCAGGUGUAGUAAUGAGACACUCUGGUGAAACCAUCCGGAAAACCAGCAGCACAGCUACGCUCUGGUGGAAACCCUAGCCCGAAGCUGGCAACUCCAAUUACUUUUCCUUGCUUUACCAGAGGACUGCCCGAA